AUGAGACCCAGAGCUCUCAUUGUGUUUGAUUUAACAAUUAUUUAUAUCAACUAUCUAUCUGUUUGUUCCCAAGGGUGUGAAAAUGGUGGUUCCUGUGUCAUGCCGGAAACCUGUGCAUGUUCUAAGGGAUGGAAAGGACUCCGCUGUGAAAUUGGGGUUAGUUUGUGUGUUGUACCAUCCCUAUCUAUUGCAGUUGACAGUGGUUCCUCUUCACCCGGGAGUGGCCUCCCUUCAGUCGCUACCCCCACAGGAGGCAGUACGCCCAGUCACUCCACAUCCUAUGAUGCCACAUGUGUGGCCUGGGGACAGGAUCACUACCGGACAUUUGACCGCAAGGUUUAUUCAUACCAGGGCCAGUGCGAAUAUGUUUUGCUAAAAGACUGUGCAGCUAACACAUUCAACAUCCACGUCAUCAAUGAUCAGUCAUGUUCCCCUGCAUCACCAUGUACAAGGCAGGUUGACGUUUAUUUCGGAAAUGUGAAAGUUUCAUUAAGGAGGGAAGCAGCCGGGCCAGCAAUUUUUUGGGAUGGGUCGUUGAUGACACUGCCGAUGUCUAGAAACGGGCAUGUUUUUGAGAAGCUUGGUGCCUACAUUAUCAUCAGGAGCAACCUUGGAUACAUGUUACGUUGGGAUGGGCGUGAGUCUGUGUUCCUUGCAGUUACCUCAGACCACCGUGGUAAUACAUGCGGACUCUGCGGUAAAUACGAUGGGGACAAGUCCAAUGAUUUCUUGACAGACUCUGGAAAAGUUGUCACCUCUGCUGCCAGUUUUGCUACAACAUGGAAAAGGUCUACACUUGGCGGUGGGACCUGUCCUGAUGUUCCACAACAGACCUGCAGUCCAGCGGCCGCUACACAAGCUCAGUCCACCUGCUCCACCAUCAUGGGUUCCGCUUUCCAGUCUUGUCAUUCGACGAUAGAUCCCCAGCCAUAUCUGGAAGCAUGUAAAAGUGAUUGCUGUCAGAACUCCAUACAGACUUGUACCUGUAACAGCUUUGAGGCCUACAGUCGUGCAUGUAUGGAGGCCAAUGUCAAACUGUCCUGGAGAACGGAUCAGCUAUGUCCUGUCCAAUGUCCUGGGAACUUUAUUCACAAGGAGUGUGGAAGUACAUGUUCAAGGACAUGUGGCUCCAGCAUGACGACAUGCACUGAUACGACAUGUAUUGACGGCUGCUUCUGUCCAGAUAAUAUGGUUGUAUCUGGGGAUACCUGUGUGGCUGUCGAUCAGUGUCCCUGUAAACAUGGAGAGCAUCUCCAUCAGCCAGGGGAGACAAUCAAGAAAGACUGUAAUACCUGUACAUGCAAAAAUGCAGCCUGGGACUGCACCACGAAGAAAUGUUCUGCAACCUGUUCUGCUACGGGUGACCCUCACUACAUGACAUUUGAUGGCAAGCGGUAUGAUUUCAUGGGUGAAUGUACAUACUAUUUGAUUAAACAGUCACCAAACUUUAACAUCCUGGCAGAAAACGUACACUGUGGUCAUAGAGGUGCGUCCUGUACCAAGUCUGUCACGAUCGAGUAUGGUGGUCACACAAUCAAGAUGGGUUUCCAGCAUGAUCUCACCGUAGACUCCGUCAGCACACCAAGGUUUCCAUACAGAGGAACUGGCAUCGUUGUUGAUAGAAUUAAUUCACUCUUCAUAAAGGCAACUUUGGACAAUGGUGUUACUAUACUCUGGGAUGGUAAAACGCGUGCCUACAUCACAGUACCUCCCACCUUUGUCAACAAAACUCAGGGCCUGUGUGGUACCUACGACUUUAAGCAAUCCAAUGACUUUCUGACAAGAGAGGGUGAUAUUGAAACUUCACCAGCAAACUUUGGGAACCGAUGGAAAGUCAGCCCUAAUUGUAAAGAUGUUGGGGAGGUGGUGAAUUCCUGUGACGAAAAUGCCCAGAAUAAAGUGAAAGCUGAACAAUACUGUGCUUACCUGUCUGGGGACAUCUUCAAAUCAUGCCAUAGUAUUGUGGACUACGCAACAGAUCUACAAGACUGUACAUUUGACAUGUGUCAGUGCCAAGACAAUGUCAAAGACUGCCUGUGUCCCAUUCUCGGCAGCUAUGCACAACGUUGUGCUAACUCAGGUGUCUCAAUCCCAUGGCGUCUCAACGUCUCUGAAUGUAUGUUACCCUGUACGGAGGGACAGGAGUACCAGGUGUGUCCUAACGAAUGUAAGCGUACCUGUGACGUUUUGGGGAAGUUUCCAGACUGUGUACAGUCCCAGGAGUGUGCAGAGGGUUGUGCCUGUCCUGCUGGUCAGUCUCUCAAUGACAACGGUGAAUGUGUGACCAUUGACCAGUGUCCCUGCGUGUUUGGUGAACGCCAGAUGGAGCCAGGCAAAGUUGUCAUGAUGGAGGACAAAAUUUGUACUUGUCGUAAUGCACACUGGGACUGCCAGCUCCCUUCCCCCAAUGUUGCUCUGGCUAACAUUUCCUCACCUUGUCCGGAAAACGAAGAAUACACCAAGUGCUCGUCCGACUGCCCUUUGACUUGUCAGAAUAUGGCCACACCUCCUACCUGUCCCACCCCAAGUGAUUGUCAGCCAGGCUGCCGUUGUAAACCUGGAUAUGUCCGUGAGGGUGAUAGCUGUAUCCUAGCUGGCGACUGUCCAUGUCACCAUGGAGGAAAGGCCUAUCGUGAGGGAGAGACCAUGGUUAUGGACUGUAACCAGUGCACCUGUACCAGCACCAAGUGGGUGUGUGAGAACAAAGACUGUCCCGCAGUCUGUAGUGCCUACGGCGACUCACAUUACCACACAUUUGAUGGCAAAACCUACGAGUUCCAGGGUAACUGUGACUAUGUUCUGGCUAAAGCAUCCCCAGAUAACCCCAACCAGUUCCAGAUCACCACAGAAAAUAUUCCUUGUGGAACAAGUGGUGUAACCUGUACCAAAUCAAUCACAUUUGAAGUAGGAGUGCCUGGGAGCCUGAACUUCUUCAGAAUCCAGUUGAUCAGAGGCAAGCCUGUAUUUGUGGAAUCCAACUCGCCUUUUCACAAACAAGAGAUUGGGAACUUUGUGAUCAUUUCAACAGACAGUGGUAUCACAUUGACUUGGGAUAGGGGUACCCGAGUGUACCUCAAACUUUCUACCAUCCACAAGGGCAAGGUUGUUGGUCUUUGUGGAAACUUCAAUGGAGACCAGCUGGAUGAUUUUGCUAUGCCUCAGGGCGGACCUCCAGCAGUGAAGGUCACGACCUUUGCUGACAGCUGGAAAGUGCGUCAAGCCUGUGCUACCCCAGGGGUGAUAACCGAUACUUGUGAGGCUGCGCCACACCGUAAACCUUGGGCACAACAAAAAUGUAGCAUACUACAGUCACACAUAUUCCAGCCCUGCCACCAUCUCAUCCCUGUUCAGGAGUACUUAAACAGGUGUAUUUUUGACACCUGUGCGUGUGACCUGGGCGGUGACUGUGAGUGUCUAUGUACUGCCAUUGCUGCCUAUGCCCAUCAGUGUGCUAUCAGUGGACUUCCCAUCAAAUGGAGAACUGAGGAACUCUGUGCGAUACAGUGUGAGGAUUGUGAAGCUUACAAUCCCUGUAUAUCACUCUGCCCAAAACGUACUUGUGACAACCAUCUGGUCUACGAUACCGUUACAUCCGGCUGUCAGGAACAAAACUGUGUAGAAGGAUGCGAUAUCGAACCAUGUCCGUCUGGACAGGUGUAUGACAGCUCAGCCGAGCCAAUGACAUGUAUCCCAGAAGCCUUCUGUAACACAACUGUGUGUUCUGUUAACGGGAAGGACUACAGACAAAACGAACGUAUCACAGAUGGGUCUGUCUGUCAGGCUGAAUGUGAGAUAUGUUACUGUGACGAUGGUAAAAUCAAGAGGAAUGGCUACUGUAGUACAACAUUAGGGCCAUCCACAGUACAGAGUGGAAAUCCAACUCCAGGUCCGAUGGUUGGUCCUAAUGGCCACCCAACACCUGGUCCUGGCUCUGGACAGACUGGCGUACCAACGGCCCACCCGCAGCCUGGUAGCCACGGUAACCCCACAGCUGGUCCAGGAUACACCAAACCACACCAAGAUGGAUGGUACAAGACCACACCCGCGACUUUUGGUCUUACUGUUCUGCCACCUGUUUGUGUGGCAAACGGGUGGACAAGUUGGAUGAGUAUUGCAGUACCAACAGCAUUCAACCGUGGGGAUGUGGAAACAAUGCAGGGACUAAGAGAAAAAUAUACAUUCUGUGAUGCUAGCAUGGUGACAGAGAUCCAAUGUAGAGUCAUUGGCACCAACACCAUGGCAGACCAGGCAGGACAACGUGCUACUUGUGAUCUGGCAACUGGACUUGUGUGUAACAAUGCAUAUCAGCGUAAUGGUGGAAUCUGUUAUGACUAUGAAGUUCGUUAUAACUGUGAUUGUGCUCCAACGGCAGCUCCAGGAUUAGGACCUAAUGGUCAACCCACAGCUGGUCCAGGAUUAGGACUUAAUGGUCAGCCCACAGCUGGUCCAGGAUUAGGACCCAAUGGUCAGCCCACAGCUGGCCCAGGAUUAGGACUUAAUGGACAGCCCACAGCAGGCCCAGGAUUAGGACCCAACGGUCAGCCCACAGCUGGUCCAGGAUUAGGACCUAAUGGCCAGCCCACAGCUGGUCCAGGACUAGGACUUAAUGGUCAGCCCACCGCUGGUCCAGGACUAGGACCCAACGGUCAGCCAACAGCUGGUCCAGGACUAGGACCCAAUGGUCAGCCCACAGCUGGUCCAGGAUUAGGACCCAAUGGUCAGCCCACAGCUGGUCCAGGAUUAGGACCUGAUGGAAAACCCACAGCUGCUCCAGUUAUCGGCCCAGAUGGAAAACCAAUUUUGCCGACCCCAAUGCCAGGGGUACCAUAUCCUCUCAAGCCUUCUUGUGAAUGGUCAGAAUGGAUGAACAGCUACAAGAGAACAGCCUCCAGCAAAGGAGACUAUGAAACAAUUAGUAACCUCCGCCUGGCUUACUCUUUCUGUGAAUUCCCUUCAAAGAUUCAAUGUCGCAUCACAAACCAACAUACACCAUUGAACCAAGCUGGUCAGAUGGGUGUGUCCUGUGAUAUCAACAGAGGUUUGGUUUGUGAGGAUAUCAACCAGAACACUGCCACUUGUCUGGACUAUGAGGUGCGUGUGUAUUGUAAUGAUGCCUGUCAUCCCACUGCUCAACCUGGUGUUGGGCCCAAUGGUCAGCCCACAGCUGGUCCAGGAAUAGGACUAAAUGGUCAGCCCACAGCUGGUCCAGGAUUAGGCCCAGAUGGAAAACCUACUGCUGGUCCAGGAUUAGGACCCAACGGUCAACCCACGGCAGGUCCAGGAAUAGGACUAAAUGGUCAGCCCACAGCUGGUCCAGGAUUAGGCCCAGAUGGAAAACCUACUGCUGGUCCAGGAUUAGGACCCAACGGUCAGCCCACAGCUGGUCCAGGAAUAGGACUAAAUGGUCAGCCCACAGCUGGUCCAGGAUUAGGCCCAGAUGGAAAACCUACUGCUGGUCCAGGAUUAGGACCCAACGGUCAACCUACGGCUGGUCCAGGAUUAGGCCCAGAUGGAAAACCUACCGCUGGUCCAGGAUUAGGACCCAACGGUCAGCCAACGGCUGGUCCAGGAUUAGGCCCAGAUGGAAAACCUACUGCUGGUCCAGGAUUAGGACCCAAUGGUCAGCCAACGGCUGGUCCAGGAUUAGGCCCAGAUGGAAAACCUACCGCUGGUCCAGGAGUAGGACCCAAUGGGCAGCCCACAGCUGGUCCAGGAUUUGGACCCAAUGGUCAACCCACAGCUGGACCUGGAUUAGGACCCAAUGGGCAGCCCACAGCUGGUCCAGGAGUAGGACCUAAUGGACAGCCCACUGCUGGUCCAGGAUUUGGACCCAAUGGUCAACCAACAGCAGGCCCAGGAUUAGGACCCAAUGGCCAACCCACAGCUGGUCCAGGAGUAGGACCUAAUGGUCAGCCAACAGCUGGCCCAGGAUUAGGACCCAAUGGUCAGCCAACAGCAGGCCCAGGACUAGGACCCAAUGGUCAACCCACAGCUGGUCCAGGAGUAGGACUUAAUGGUCAGCCAACAGCUGGCCCUGGAUUGGGACCCAAUGGUCAGCCAACAGCUGGUCCAGGAGUAGGACUUAAUGGUCAGCCAACAGCUGGUCCAGGAGUAGGACCCAAUGGUCAUCCCACAGCUGGCCCUGGAUUGGGACCCAAUGGUCAGCCCACAGCUGGUCCAGGAUUAGGACCUGAUGGAAAACCAACAGCUGGUCCAGGAUUAGGACCCAACGGUCAGCCCACAGCUGGUCCAGGAUUAGGACCUGAUGGAAAACCCACAGCUGGUCCAGGUUUAGGACCCAAUGGCCACCCCACUGCUGGUCCAGGAUUAGGACCUGAUGGAAAACCCACAGCUGGAUUUACUCCCAACCCCCUUUUGGGUGAAACCACAGUUGUUACCCUCCAGACCACACACAUCUAUUACACACCAGGGAAUAGUGAAAUAGUUUGA